ACCAUCGCUAUUUUUCGACAGGCAAUACUGCAACAUGCCACCCAAGACUGCUUCGUCCGCCGAGCGUUACGCUCAGAAAGUCGUGAAUUACUCCAAACUAGGUGUAAGAGACGCGUACCUGCCUGGACUUCAUUAUAGUCGACUUGGCAAAUUCUUAAUCUAUCCUUAUCUUUCCUAUGGCGAGGAGUGGUCAUUUCCACCCCAAGAAAACGGAUUCCAGUGUGUUGCAUUGUGUGACCUCACAAUGUCGAAUGAAGAUUUGUCUCGCACCACGCUUUUCCAACGGCCAGACGAUUUCUUGCAUCACCUGAAGCAAACACCCACUUUGACUGAAACGGAAGAUCAGUCCGUAUCGACAACCUCGGAGCCAACUCGUUCUAGCAGCGCCCGAGCAUCAUCCAGUGCAAGAAAGUAUCCCGGUCGACUAGUAUUCUUGCGCGGUUUCCCCUCUGCCCAAUGGCUCAACUGUCUUGGAUCUACCAUCGAUGUAGACCCCGAGUUCUUCUAUCGCCAUCUUGAAGGGACGAUCUCAACUGGCCAAGUCUCGCCGCGCCUUGAUCAGUCUUUUUCAACACCUUUCCCUUGGUCACAAGAUCUAAUCCAGUUACGGGUCUGCAACACCGGUUCUUGGGAUAUUAAUGGUUCUAGGCACACACUAGUCGACUUGAGGAAAGAUUGUGAAAGCAAGCUUAGGAUGCACGUUGAGGAUUUCGCACACCUACGUAAUUUUGCAGUCGGUGAUUCUAUUGUGCGGCGUUUCAUCGUUCAUAAUCGACAUAGCUACUCCAUUGAGCAACGGCUAUCAAUAGAGGUCAUUCACCACACGCGAACCUGGUCUAUUGUCGUAUGGCAUGACUCCGGUAAAGAUAUUAGUCACAGUACCAGUGGGCGUUGGUUAAACCUGGAAAAUGCCGCCACCCUGCAUCCGGUUUUCCAGCAUCGCCCCCGUAUGGCCUCAUCUGGAGCUACCGACGUCGCUGCUUCAAGUGUCCAAGAGGCGGAGCCCUUUCCGCAAAGCAUAAACCACCUUCAUGCCAAUUAUGGAAGAAAUCUAAAAGCGGAGAUAAUGGUGCACGAUGUCUUCUAUGCCUUGGGUGAGAUCUUUGAGUUCUCAGCGGCUUCGGUGGACCAACUGUUGAAGCACUUUGAAGACAGCAUUGGCGAGUUACUGAGACUGGAUAAUCCAGACACCACCAAGAUCUCCGAACUUCUGAUCCUGAAGUCGUACAUCGAUGACUAUCGAAGCUAUCUCGGUAAUGUCCUCAAGGUGGUCAAGACUCGCGGCAACCCAAAAUGGCCUCGUGAAACAGAGCCCAAGAAACGCGAGCGUGCUGACCUGGCAGCUCAACGUCUUGAUCUGCGAUAUGAGCACUUGCUGGGCAAAUGCGACCGUCUUUCGGAGCACUGCGCGAGUGGCAUAUCGAUUUUGAUGAGCCUUGAUGCUCAUCAACAAACGGUAAAGGCAAUGACACAAGCCGAUAGACUCGGCAAAUUGAGUGUGCUGGCAUAUAUUUACAUCCCCAUUACGUUUGCUACCUCAUUUUAUGGAAUGAAUUUUGCCGAGUUGGGAGAUCACCUGAGCAUCUGGUGCUUUUUUGCCAUGGCUGCCCCCCUUCUAAUUGUUUCUAUGGUCGCGUGGUUCAUAGACGUCAGGGCGACAUGCAAAUUUUGCUGGAGAUUUUGCACAGAAAGCUGGCGUAGAAGGUAUCAUGAGACCUAAUAAUACGCGUAGCCUUUCUUAGAGAUAGGAAUCGCAGGAUACAAGCCAGUUCCACCGCAUUUAAUUAGAUAGUCGGAACAACCUUCCCUGUACUUUUUGGUAUGGAACCCGAAAUCAAAUG